AUACGGUCCGUCGGCGGCGCGGCCGGUUAGCGAAGCCACGCGGCACAAGCCUCAAACUCCGAUAUAUCUCGCGACUAUUGUGAAUUAAUUAAUCUCUUUAGCCAGUGUCCAAGUGUUUGCGGCAGCGAAAGCGGUCAAGUGUCCAACGUUCCGGUACAGUGUGUAGGUGUGUUCCCCGUUAGGUGUUGUAAUGGUAAUAAGUGGUGAAGUGUCGAAACUCGUCUGAUGACGAGCCUGGUGCGGUUAACGUGUUCAUGCGGCUGCAAAAAACGGGCACACGUUCUUCUUAUGUAAGCCUGAAUCGGCAAAUAAAAAAAUGCCGGCGCUCCGGCUGCUGGGGCGCAAAUGGCUGGCCGCCUCUGAUGACCUCGUAUUUCCGAGCAUAUUCGAGCUACUCUUUAGAUUCGUCUGGCUGGUGCUAAUAGCUCUGGUGGUGGAGGUGCUGUACCCGGUGACAUGGCAGUGCCAGUCGGAGGGGUGGAGGGGCGGGUCGUUCGUGCGGCUGUACCUGUGCGGCACGUUGGCGUUGCAGGCCGCGCUGAUGCUGCUGCUAGCGGCGCUGGCACAGCAGUCCGCGCGUGGCACCAUCACAGAUGUAGACCAGAGGCGGCUGGUGUCGCCGCUGCUGUUGAUCAAGGUGCUGCUGGUAGUACCAGAAAUAGUCUUGAACGUGAUGGGUACCAUGUGGAUGUUCUGCGAGGUUGUGGAGUGCUACGUGGAAGACAAAUUCUCCAGCAUCGUGAUACAGAGCAUAGUCCUAUUCAACUGGGUGCAGCUUGGACUGACCGUGUUUGGGUUGUUCAUGGUUUUCGACCCCCUGGGUUCAGUGCGGUACGGCGAUCUCCAGGACACACCCAACCAAGUCCGGCACCACAAGAAGGUCACGGGUCUUUGGUCAAGGCGGUUUCGGUGGGCGUUCUGUUGGUUGAAAAGGGAUGAACACGGGAAGGAAGCGUUCCAGCAAGUUGCAGCAUUAUUAAGCGCCUUGUUCCGGUCGACUGAUCUCGUCCCAUCCGACGUGGUGGCGGGCUGCGUUCUUCUUAGAGUGAGACAGAAAAGGGAAACCAGAGAGAUGAGGCGUAUCCAAAUGCUUAACGACGAAGAACCUAUAUACACGACAGAUGUGAACAAAGUGUUCUCCGAAACGCCCCCUUGGAUGAAUCUAGAGGACGCGCUGCAUUAUCUGAGGCUUUCGAUAGCGGCGUACGGGUGGCCUUAUGUGCUUUACAGGCAUUGUUUUACUGGUUUCUGCAAGUUGGCUCGACAUUUGACAUGCUGCUGUUGUCGCCCAAAGAACUCCAUCGUUACCGACGACAACUGUUGUAUGUGCAACUUCGCCGGCGUCAAGUACAUGUCCAAACUGUCCGCUGACGACAUAAUCUUCGCAUCUUUCAACAACCACGUCUUUGAGUUACCGUUCUGCGUGAUCGCAGAUCACGAGCGCGAGAGCAUCGUGGUAGCGGUACGUGGAUCUAUAUCCCUCCGUGACAUCUUUACUGACUUCACGGCGGGCUCCGAGAAAUUCGAGGCCGAUGGUUUACCACAAGAUACCGCAGCCCACAAGGGAAUGUCAAUGGGAGCAGCAAAAAUGUUAAAGCGCCUGUUACCAGUCCUAGACCGUGCCUUUCAGCAGUUUCCACAUUACGAUCUAGUAUUAACAGGUCACAGUUUGGGAGCCGGAGUAGCUGUAUUAGUUGCGCUAAAGUUGAGACCAAGGUAUCCACAUCUCAAAGUGUUUGCCUUUUCAACACCAGCGGGCCUCAUAAGCCGGGAAGCAGCCCGGUACACUGAGAGCUUCGUGCUUACUGUGGGAGUAGGGGAUGACCUCGUCAUGAGGCUCAGCGUGCACAGUAUAGAAAACCUGCGCACCAAAGUCAUCCAAACCAUACACGCCACUAAAUUACCAAAGUACCGUAUAAUGCUGAACGGUUUCGGGUACGCGCUGUUUGGCGUGCCGGCUCGCGACCUGGAGUCGACGUGGCGGCGGCCAGAAGAGCUGGAAGCGAGCCGCGCCGACGACGCCGCGGACGCGCUGCUCGGGCAGGGCGUCUCCACCGUGAGUGCUGAAGCGGCGCUAGUGUCGCGGAAUGUGUUCGUUCGACGAUUCUCAUCGGCGCGCCUUUUCACAGCGGGCCGAAUACUGCACAUAGUGCGACGCAAGCGCAUGGGCAUAGAAAAAAAAGUGCGCACACAUGAACCAACUUACGAGCUAAGGUGGGCUUGUCCCGAGGACUUCAUGGAGCUGCAGGUGAUGCCUCGAAUGCUUCUCGACCACUUGCCUGAGAACGUAACCAGCACUAUCCAGACAAUCAUAGAAGAGCGGCACACGUACAGAGUCACGCAAGUGGUAUAGAAAAGCAUGAAACAACCGUAAAUAUGGUUCAAUGGUUCACAAAAAAGGACGAAGAAAAUAUAGCUGCUAAAACUUGAAAAGUGCAGUGAAUAAUCUUAUAAUUAACAAGAAAUGAAGUGUUACUUUGAUACGCAAUAUACAGUGAUAUUUUAUUUUGUUACAAAUGAUAUACGAAUGGGAUAAUUGUGAUGAAGGGGAUAUGAUAAUGAUCGUUAUAAAUGAUCGACGCCUUACCAGAGCAGUGUUUAUAGCACAUGACAGAUGGAUGGACGGACGCAGAAGUUACUUAAAAAGAUAGCUUUCUGGUUGUUUACGUAGCACACAUUACAAUAUGACAUUAUGAUUUAGUCGCCGACAGUAUUUUAACACAGUAUAUGAAAACUACUAUUGUAAUAGAUAUAAAAUAUCCAUACGAAUGUGACCAAGAACUAAAGUGUACUAAAUAAAUAAAUUAAAAGUUAAGAACUUCUUGUUAAACUACCUAAAACACCAAUAAGUAUGGUAAUAGUCGGACUUUUAGUAAAUAAAUAUACAUGAUAAAACGAACAGGUACAAAAGGAAUCACAGUGACAUUUUAAUUUUUUUUACAUGUUAUUUAUUUUGUGUUUGGGAGUAGGACUCAAAUUUUUAAGCAAAUUGAACAGAUAUAUUAAAUGAAAAGAUGCAUAAUAAAAGUUGCACACAAUUGGAAGACAAAAUACAAGUAGACUUUACCUGUGCUAUUAAUUAAAAAGUUGAACAUUCAUUCUGGCUUUAGUCACUUUUUUGUACGUCGUAGAACUCUAAUUUUAAAAUACAUAGAUCUGAUAUUAAAAAUGUAAGAAAUAAUCUUAUUAAUAAUAAGAACUUUGUCACGGUGUCUAUCCUACAUUACGAUCGAAGAAGUAGAAAGUUUUAAUAAAUUUAAUGGACUACAAUUAAUAAAUCAAUCAAUUAAUUAUUAAAUUUGUAAAAUUAUGCUUAGGUACGAAAUAAGAAAAUUUUGAAGAGAUUUUCAAAAAUGACUUUUCAGAAAAUUAUAGAUAUUUCAAACCUAUUCAUCAAAAUAAAGUAUAAAAUGUAAUAAGAUUAAUAUGUCACAAAAGAAAAUAGAGUUGAAUCGUCACAACAUAAUGGAAUAACGAAUCUCUACACAUGUUUCAAUAUUCUACUUAAAAGAUGCUAAUCUAUGUAAUCGAUUUCGCGAUCAGAUAUUCGACAAGUUAUUCAAUUAUUCAAUACUUACAGUUCUGAUAUAAACAGAUAUGGACCAACCAUUAAAGUACACUAUUUUCCUUAUAUUUCAUUAUAUUGAAAUAAUCAGGAAUCUCAAACUACGACUUUUGACACUAUUGUAUUAUAAUAAUUUAAAAAAAUCUACAAAUUGUAUUGAUGAAAUCAGUGUCAAAUUAUUCUGUAAUAUUAGUUUAAGUAAUGUGAGAAGACUGUGAUGAUGUUAAAGUAUGAAUAAUAUGAAAAUAUUGUUAAUUCAAGUGAAAAUGUAUAUGGAUAGUUGAAUGUGUUGUCUUUAAACGAGUUUAUAAUAAUGUUAGCAGUUGUAUAUAAUAAAAUAUAUAUUUUAAUUAGGAAUAAGAUCUUCGUUGCUUUCGUUUCUGAGAAACCAAGGGGAGGUAAUUACCUCGUCCAAGUGUAUUCACAUAUCAAAUUUAAUCUUCUCCUUCUUAUUGUUUCUAAAUAGAUGCUUCUUAGAAGUAAAAAAUAAUUCGUAAUUAAUUUGCUCAAUUUGAGAAGCAAUUUUAUUUGGUCUGAUAAUAAUAGCACGUGUAGUUAACAGUGCGCGAUAGGUGAAACAGAGAAUUCAAACGUUUCCUUCGUAAGUAAUCAUUAAAAUAUGAACGAAGACUAAAGGAUAUACCAUUAAGUACAAUAAUUAGCGUUACCGGGGUCAAUUACAUUAAGGAAACCGUUUAGCUUUGUGGUAUAUUACGUUCAUUUGUUUUUGUCCUUUUAGGAGCAAUUGAAUUGAACUACGAGUACGUACUUACCUACUGUUCAUUUUUUAUAGUAGCUCCUUAUUCAAAUCAAUUAACAAACUUAAAUAACGAUAUAAAAUAAUAAUGAUUAUGCUUUAUCUGAAACAAAUUUGAAAAUAAUUUACAUACAAAUAGGUACGUAGUGUUUAACUAACUACAAAUAAAUUAAAAAUCCUAGGAACAAAAUGAACUAGGUAGGCUACUAUUUAAAUCUCUGUAAACAUCUUGUAUUGGUUUAAUGCACCUCAUCAGACACAAUCGCAGAAGUGUGCUUUGCUAAUUAUUAGUGAUAUAGGUAUAAAGAAGUUGGGCCGUCUAUUUCAUUGUACGUAGGUACAGUCAAUAACCGAUCAAGUUAUCCAAAAGUGUCAUGUCUCGUCAUGUCUCUAUUGACUCUUAACUUUAUAUUUCUAAAUUAACAACCGACGUGUUGACAAAAUGUCAACUGUACAUCAAUAUUACUUUAAAGUAAUUAUUACAAUUAUUAGAUAACAUAGAUAAGGUCAUAAUACUGUACAAGACCUAUGAUUAAGUUCAAAAUAGGCUUUUAUGUCUUACUUAAUACUACAUUUAUAGAAAAAGAAAGCUAAAACUAUAUAGAUUAAGAAAUAGUUAAUCCCAUUUCUUGUACUGUAUAGUAUACACAUUUUUUUUAUUAAAACAACACAAUGCAUAGUAUAUAGAAGAAAUGCUUUUCAAAUCUUUGUAAUUAAAAAUCAAUUGUAUAAAAAAUUUGUUGUAAACACACGUAUGACAGAUUUGGAUUGAUUGUUGUAAUUUUGAGGACAAGGUUUGCAUAAAAAAAAUGUAGGAUAUCCACAGUUUCUCAUUUUCUUAUUUUAAUUUGCUUGCUUUUAUAUUUAUUACCUUUAUAUAAUCAUUUUCGUUUAAAAUUAUUUUGUGUUAAUUUAAACCCAAAAGAUGUGUUUAAUACAUUUGAAAGUGGAAUUACAGUGUCAACCGUAUGAUCCGUAUGUGAUUUUUUUAUUUUGUAUUGUUAAUAAAAUCAUACCAAUAUUUGUAAUAAAUACCCAAAUUUUAAUAGUAUUAAUGUACCAAAAAUAUAAAAAGCUGUGCGGUGUUGUUUUAAUAAACAAAAUAUAAACAAACUUAGGGGAACAAUCUCAAUGUGACUUCACUGUUUACCUUGCAAUCUGUUUCUAAAUAAUGUAUUGAAUUUGUACGAGACAAAAACAAAGCAUUUAACUUCGAAUAAUUUACAUUCCAUUUUAUAAUCUUAAGCCUAAGCCCUCAGUCCUAGAAUGGUAUGUUUGUUCUCAAUAUUGUAGUGCCUUGGACAGCUGUCAAACGAUAGAUUUACACUUAGCCAUAAUAAUGUUUACAUAUAACUCAAUCAGGCAGCGAUAUUCGUAAUGCAAACGUAUCUCUUAUCAUGUCAUAAUUCUUUUAAGUCAUCAAUAAAAUUCUUUUUAACAGCAUCUUAUAUGCCGUUUAUUAUGACAUCAAUAGCGCCCAUACAUGCCUUUCUACGCAUUUUCUUUCAGGAAAAUAUUUUCUAUUGUUCCUGUAACAUUCUCGAUUUACCUACUUAGCAAAUAACUUAAACUACACGCAAAGCUACAUAAAACUGUGUGUUUAUUUGAUACUCACUGUAUGGAUAACAGUUGGCAUAGUGUAAAUCUGCCGAUCGUUAACAAGUCUAAUUGUCCAGAGUCAAACGAGUGAGGCGCAAAAUUAUGUACCUAAUUCAAGCAUAGUUCAUAUCUACUUAUGAUAAAUAAAAAAAUAUGAUUUUAAUCCUAUGCAAAUGCAAACUGAUUAAAUGUUAUUUUAUCUACUGACAAAUCUCUUCGGUAUUAAGAAGUCGUUAAAGAUAAGUGAUGUUGCUUUUUAUACCUACAUCAUUUUUUAUAAAAUGAACAAACUAUUGUAAUUUUUAAUAAUCUUUGCUUUUUGUAUUAUAUUUGAUAUUUUUUUUACAUUUCAUGACAAUAUUAAUUUACGUAUUUGAGGGACGCUUAAACCGGUUCGAAAUUAUGUUCUACUAGAAACUAGAUUAUAAUUAUAUAGGUAUUGAUAGGUAUCGGGUCUUUCAAGGGUUGGUCUUCGGUCAAAACUCGAUCGGAGUUUUCAGUACUCUCUGUAUGUUGAUGUAUGUUCAAGUAUUAAGAAGGACUGAGGUUCUUGUCACUGUACCCUAAAUUAGGGCUUUGUAAUCUCUCUCACUUUACUUAUUAGGGUUUUCAACCAAUGUCUUCGGUUUGUGUUAAUUUAUAUUAAACUCUAUUUUUAAGU